CAACCAGAUUUCCAACUCAACACUAUACAAUAUACAUAUAAUUUAUUUAACAUGCUCGAUCAACUGUAAAUCAGAAAGUAACCCGUUUCCUUCAACAUAGUGCAUCAACAAGGAUGGAUUGUUAUGAAUGAUAAAAAGUCGGUUAUUUUGAGACGAUAAAAAAAAUGUGCACAAUCGCGAAAUGAAUCCAGCUAAGUCUCGUAUUUUCUAUCAUCGUCUAAUCACGGAUACAAUAACCUACCGAUUCGAUUGAGUUGGAUUCCAUACCAAAUAAUCAUCUUUCUUUGGAGUUUUUUUUUCUUUUUUGUAUAUAGGAUCUUUUGUUGGAGAUUUUAUUCUAGUACUUCUCCACAACUUUUUGUCAAACUCGAACUUUUUUAGUUUUUUUUUUAAUUGUCGUCUUAAAGUGGAAUAAUGGGUAGCUGGCCCAACCAGGGCUCGACGACUGGUUCAUUCCAAGUGUUUUCUGUUGCCUUGAUGAAUUCCCGUUCCCAAUCCCAUCCCAAUCAUAAGGCUGACUCCAAUGCAGCCUGCAUUUAUGGAGUUCUCGCCAUUAAUGGCGAUUUUGGAGCUCCAACGCAGAGACGAAAAAUGGCGAAAAUCGGCAUUUAUGGAGGGCAUCGGCAUCUGGGUCGCUAAAUAUGGGAGAGGGAAUGCCGAGGUCGGCAUUUAUGGGGAAUGGAAGAAUUGUUGGCACGCGCGCAAUUAAUGUGAUUAAUGGUAGGAAAGGUGUAAUUAAUUGCUUGCUAAUUAAUGUGAUUAAUUAAGGGAAGAAAAGAAAUUGUUUAUUGGAUUAAUUAAUGUAAUUAAUGCAAUUUUUGGAGCUCCAACGCAGGAGCUUUUUUUUGUUAAUUAUUUAUUAGUUAUUUAAGGAAAUUGAUUAAGGGAAUGGAAUGUAAUUAAUUAGAGAAAAGGGAAUUAAUGUUUGUAUUUAGGUUUUUUAGAUUGUAUUUAAUUUGUGUUUAAUAUUUUUGUAUUUAGGCUUUUUUCUAAGAUGACUUAAAUUGAAUUCAUUUUAUUUAAAAUUUGUAUUUAAACUUUAUGAUUAGCAAGUGUUGUGUGUAAUAUUUAAGCUUUAUGAUUAGCAAGUGUUGUGUGUAACCUAUGAAUUGUACCAUUUGAAUUAUUAUGUCAACUCAUUAAACUUUAUCAUUUUUAAGUGUUGUGUGUAAACCCAAAUUAGGUCCAUAAUUUUUCACCAAAAAAAAUUCGGUCUCGAAAUUUAACAAAAUUCUAUUGAAAAUUUUGUAUUUAAAAAUGAUGACGAACUAUACAAAAAUUAACAUGAAUAAAUUAUAUUAAAAUUUCGAUAAGUACAUUUUUAAAUAAAUGGAAAAACUGGAAAUAUUAAGAACCCCAAAUAUGGAGUUUGUUGCAUUGGAGCAAAAGAAGGGAAAAUGGGGUUCAAUCCCCAAAUUUGGGGUUUUGCAUUGGACUUGGCCUAACCAAUGGAAUUGGACCGAUUAUUCCCGAAUAAAACAAAAGGGCAAAAAUAGAAAGAAAAAAAAAAUAACAAGGAAGAUAACCCCACGAAAGCGACGUCGUUGGCAUCAGCAAUAGUUACAAAACGGUCCAUAAUUGCAAAAGGGAAAGGGGAAGUGGGCCACAAUCUUGUCACAUGUUAAGAAACGGAGUCACGCUUUUUUUUUAAAAAGGAUGGUCAGGAGGAUUAGCCAUCGAGAUUUUGUAAUAAUCAUAACAUUAAUUAAUGAUAACAUGUUUUAUUAAAAGGUAAAAUUAUGUGAUCUAAUGAUGUCUCAGUGAGCUAAAUGGGACAACUCACCAUGCUAACCAAGCCUACCCUUAGGCUGCGUUUGGUUGUAUUGUAUUAUAUAUAUCAACAAUGGUUUAAAAAAAUGCACUCUAGCUAAAUUUGGACCACACGCUCACUAAAUUUGGUUACAUUUGAAACCGGUAAUGAAAUAAAGCCAAAACCAAUUCAUUAUAAAUUAUAAGUAUUGACACGAAGUAGUCUGUAGAAUAUAGAAAAGUGUGAAUCUUUACUGGUAGUAGUAGUUGUAGUCCACGUUAGGACUUAGGAGUGUCUAAUUGGUCCCAAACUCAAACCAAGAUUAGUACUCACAUUAAUAUGCCAUUGUUCUUAAUUAAUCUCAUCCACCACCAAGUUUUAAGUGGCUUCAAUUUUUAAUGUUCUCACACGUGUCUCAAUUUUAGUGGGAAGCAAACUUUUAUGUGAAUUCUUAAAGCGUACGUGUCAUAUAUAUAUAUAUGGUGAUGACUGGUGUACCUCUGGCGUAUACUAUACGUCAGGUGAUCUAGCCGUUAGAUGAACUUAGAUGAGCUCCGGUCGAUCUCAACGGUCAAUUUUUGUUUUUCAUUAAUUCAAACUUCGGGUUGGGAUUUCGAAAAUCGAAGCCUGGGAUUUAUACAUUAGAGGUUAGGGUAUAGUAUCGUACCCCAAACUCGAUUUAAUUCAUGGUCUAGAUAGAGAUAUCUCACUGGUAGUAUCUGACGUAUAGUAUACGCCUGACGUACACCAGUCUGAUCCAUACAAUAUAUAUAUAUAUAUAUAUAAUACAGGGCAAAAUAUCUCAAAUAAAGUAUGUACAUAUGUCCAAGUUUCCGUGAAACCCAAAAUAUUUGGGCACAGAUGAUGGAGCAAGCAUAAUGUUAAGCAAUGUGUGGGGUUGGUGGGUGGGAGGAUGGUUAGUAACAUAUUUUAUUUAUGUGUGCAGCUCACCACAUCUUAUUUUCUUUGAUUAUAUUGGAUUACAAGAAUCUUUUGUAGCAAUGAACAAAAUAUCUUUCUGUUUCAAAUGGUUUAUAAUUGAGUUGUUCAAAGAAAAAUUUGAGUUGAUCGAAUAAUAGAGUUCUAAUCGUGCAAAUUGCAAAAAUGAUGUUACGAUCUUCGAGAUCAUUAUAUCAAUACCUGAUUUGUUGGUGCAGUCGGCGCCAUCCACAAUUGCAUGCGUCAAAGGUGUACUGUUAGUAAAGUUGAUAUGUAAUGCAGACACUUCUUACUCUUGUAUCUUGGUUAGUAGUGUCACACUCACACAUAUGGUUUGUGGACAUUAGCACCGAAACUUAUUCGAUAGCUACUAGUUAUUGGUUCACGACAUGUUACCUUUUAUGGAAGAGUGAAUCCACAUUCGUCCUUGAUUUGAUCAAUGUUUACUAUCUUAAGUUCAUGCCUUGUCUUAUAAUCAUAUUGUUGAACUUGUAUGAUUAUUCAAGUGCAAUUACAUACUAUACUUUACUUUACCAUUGAUCUAAAUUUUGAGGACACCUUUUAGUAGUUAAAACUGCUAGAAACAUAAAUAAUAAUGAGAAUUUGUCAGAUUUGGCGUGCAAUCUGGAUUUUCUUGCCGUUAAUAAGUCAAAGAUAAUUACCUGUUAAUCAUCCUUGAUUAGUGGCUCUUCAUGUGGAGGUUGUGCUCCGUGAGAGCUACUAUACCAUAAAAUACCAAAAAAGGAAAUACACCAAAUCCAUCUCGACCAAUGGUCUGGUCUCCUCACCAACUUUCAAAUCACUAGUGCUGUGCGUAACUACAAACGUAAAAUUUUGGAGAGCCAUGGAGUUAGGUUGAAUUAAGCAUUGAAAUAUCGAAUAUCGAUAAAAUUACAUGUAAAAUUGGUAAUAAAUUUUGAAAAUAAAGUAGUCUGUAGGACAUUAGUCCCGUUCCCAAUUACUACAGUUCAAAUUAGGUUUGCUCAUUCAGAUUUCUACUUCCGCUACCGGUUAUAGACCUAAGAAAGAUCUAACAAGGUAGUUUAUUUAUUGUGACUUGCAUUUUUAGUCCGAGAUAAAUGUCAUAAAUUGUUUGAUAUCAAUAAAUCAAGUUACACCGAGACAAAUGGGUUGAAUAAUGUCUAUAUGAAUUCUCAAUAGCCAUUGCCUAGUUAUUAGUUACUAUUGUAACCAUCAAUUGGCGAGUAGUCAAUCAUCCAUUAUGGAUGAUUGUAUAAUCUCAUCUAAAAGCUGAGACUGUUGAGAACUUGAGAUUGUUUUCUUCCAACUUUAAUGAAUAAAAAUUAUCUUUUGCAUCGAAAAGAAAGGGUACAAGUGACAUCUUCAUUAAAAAUCGAAUUUCUUUUUUACUUAUUGAAAAUACAAACACAAAUACCAAAUGCCGUAAUCUAAAAUAAAUUAAAUUCAACAAUAUAUAUAUAAUAGAAUACAUACAUUGAUCACAAUACACAAAUAUAACAGCGGAAAACUUCUAGGGAAGCACAAUUCCCUCCCUUUCUUUCCUUUCCCUCCCCUUUCUCUCCUAACAGCCUGUUUGGAUUGACAAAAAAGUAAGGAAUUAGAAUUCCAUUUCCAAUUCAAUUUUCAUAUAUUAUGUUUGGGAUAAUAAAAAGGUUGAAAAUUG